CACGCAUAAAACAUAAUACUUCCUGACCUUGUGGAAUUUUCGAAGUUAAAACUUGACAGAGGAGGCUCGAAGGCGGAAGAAAAAGCCAUGUCCGGAAUCUAAUGCCAUCCGUCGGAGGAAAUUGAUGUAAUGCGCGUGAGCGACUACGUCGCGAUUUCAGGUGAACGCGAAAAUCCAUAGUUGUUGAGCGACCCGUGCCCGAGCCCUUCAUCCGCAAUUUCUAUGUUGAGUUUUAAUAAUGGAAAGGCAUCAGUCUCACGCGCAAGUAAAAGGUGUCAGCACGGGCACCACCAUUCUUGCUGUUAAGUUCAAUGGAGGAGUUAUCAUUGGUUCUGACUCCAGAGCUUCUAUGGGAGAGUCCUAUGUUUCAUCCAAAACUAUCAACAAGCUGAUCCAGGUGCAUGAUAGAAUAUUCUGCUGCAUAGCUGGAUCACUGGCAGAUGCACAAGCUGUUACCAAAAUGGCCAAAUUUCAGCUGUCAUUCCACAGUAUUCAGAUGGAAUCUCCACCAUUGGUGAAAGCAGCAGCAUCCAUUAUGAGGGAACUUUGCUAUAGCAAUAAGGAGGAGUUGCAGGCAGGCUUCAUAACAGCAGGUUGGGAUAGGAAAAAAGGACCACAGAUAUACACAGUGGCUUUGGGAGGAAUGCUACUCAAUUUGCCUUUCACCAUUGGUGGAUCUGGCAGCACGUAUAUCUACGGUUAUGUGGAUGCCAAAUUCAAACCUGACAUGAGUUUAGAAGAGGCUACACAGUUUGCCAAGAAUGCUUUGGCUCUGGCUAUGGGUCGGGACAAUGUUAGUGGUGGUGUGGUUCACCUGGUUGUGAUCACUGAAGCAGGAGUUGAGCAUAUAGUUGUUCCUGGAGAUAAACUGCCCAAGUUCCAUGAUGAAUAGGACACAAUUGUAACCGAACUGAAAUCCAGAUAUCACUACUCCUGCAUAAAUGUUUGCAGAUUUAAGUAUUUUGAGACAUUCAAAUCUUACUUUUCAAUCCUUUUUGUUAUUCAUAAUAAAUAUUCAAAAGUGUUAUGUCA